AUAUUUUAUUUAAUGGCUAUUUAAUUAUAACGUAAUUACUUUAAGAAGAAUAUAAUAUUACAUUACAACAAUUUUACUGCAUUAAUUUUUAUUGUGAAGAAGAAUCGAUAUUGCCUUCGCCGAUUUUCCUUGUUUUGUCAUUUGAUGUAGCUCAGAGUAGAACAAAGUAACUAAAUUCCACGUUGUUAUUAGUAUUGCACUUACCAGAUAAAAUGCCUUGUCCCCUGUUAGCAGAUUCUAUCACUCUAGAGUUGGAAGCACAAGAGCCAUGGCCUCAGCCAAUUACUUUGUAUCAACCAUACGAAGUUGAACAAAUAUUAUUACCUGACAAUGCAAAUUGUUUAGCUGUACAAGCUUUCCUUAAAAUGUGUGGCCUUGAUUUUCAAAUAGAACCAAGAAGCAAUGCAGAAUAUAUGUCCCCAUCUGGCCGCAUACCAUUUAUUAAAUGUGGGGCAUUUUUAAUAUCCGAAUUUGACAAUAUCGUAUCAUUCAUAGGAAAUAAAGGCAGAAGUUUGUCAACNCAUUUAUCUGCAACUUGCAAAGCAGACAUGAGGGCUUAUAUGUCAUUAGUGAAUAAUGUUUUUGUAAAUGCUGAGCUAUAUAUCUGUUGGGUUGAUGAACCAACUUUGAAUGAAGUAACUAAAGUAAGGCAUGGGAGUGUAUAUCCAUGGCCAUUAAAUCACUUUUUAAAUUGGCAAAAAAGAAAGGAAGUGAUAAAGAAACUCAAUGUACUUGGCUGGUAUAAUAAAACUAUAGAAGAAGUAUGUAAGGAGGUUCAAAAUUGCUGUACAGCAUUGUGUGAAAGAUUGGAGGGUAGUGAUUAUUUUUCUGGAGAGAAGACACCUAAUGAAUUGGAUGCCCUAGUUUUUGGACAUAUUUUUACAAUAGUCACAACACCACUACCUGGUAACAAACUAGCAAAUAUUGUCCAGAGCUAUCCACUGCUAGUGCAUCUCUGCAAACGCAUUGAAACUAGCAUUUUUUCUCCUCAAGCGAUACGGGUGAAAUAAAGUAACAAAAUGUUGGAGGCGAGAAUUAAGUAAUACGACUUUGGAGAUUUCUAAAUAUAUGUUCUUGGAAAUCGACAGGAAUGCAUAACCGAUAAAAGGUAUCCGUAAAUUAGGCGUUUUACAAAAAUAUUUGUCAGAUAUUGUUAGAAACGAUAAUGUUAAAUCGUUGUUUAUUUCUCCAAUGACAAUUGUUUUCAAUGUAUUUUUUGUCAGCAUUUAUUUUUAACUUAAAUCAUUGAAGAGAAUUAUGUACAAUAACAACCAUUCUGAUAUUAAGUAUAACUAUAUAUGUGUUAAUUGACAAUAAGUAUCUUUUUAUCAUAAAAAUUGCAUAUAUUUAACUAAUAAUAUUUGUUAUUUUGUGUGCAUUUUAAAUAACUUAUUCACAUUUUGUUUUAAUUUUAUUUUAAUUGAAAGUUUUUAUUAGCUACAUGAACUAAUUUAUAUUUAUGUGUAAAAAGUAUUUAUAUCAUUACUAAUGUACAUUGUUUUCAAUGUACAUCUGUAUUACAUAGAUCUUUUACACGUUAUAAUAAAACUCUACUUCUUGUCUAGUCAGUUCAUUAUAGCAUACUUCUCUGUGUGAAAUUGUAAAACAUUCUUAGAUAUCAUAUGUAAAAUAAUAUAAUGAUGUAUAAUAAGAGCUAAAUUAAAUGUAAGUUAUUGGAAUAA